AUGUUUGGUCAACAGGCCUCAGACGCUUCAGCGGAGGAGAAGGUGGAGGCGAAGCGGAGUUUGAGGACACGGCAGGCGCUCUCGGAGCAGCUGGGCACCGCUCGCAGCAAAGGGCAGUCCGAUGCCGCGCUUGACCUCCCAAUCAAUUUCCUGGAGAAUUUGUUGCUGUCUUCCAAGAAAGAGCUGGAUGAUCGCCUUGAUAUCGACGAGGUGCAGAAAGCCCGCGACAAGCUCCUCGAUGCACUCUACUGUAAAACGAUCCGGGGCGGAACUAACGAAGAGAUGAAUGCCAUUAUGAUCUACAAGGGUCGCCCGUUGAGAGCACAGCUUCUUCACUUCGCCGUUUGGGUAUCGGCCCAACUUCAUGAGAACUCCUGUGUCGCCAGACUGCUGCCAUACCUUUCGCAGUCAGAUCUCAGCGCCAAGGCCAAGUACCGGUUGAAGCCGGGUAGCAUGGACGAAGCUUGGUUAGAUGCAAUUCAUGUUGCCUCUGGGCUGGGUGCCGUUCCGGUGAUGCACGUGCUCUUGCAGCAUGUGACACAAGCCACAGGCAUUGACUCUGCUGCAUAUGUAAACACACCAUGUUUGGUUCACCACGUGGCGCCCCAGAGUGACAUGAAUAUGAAUAUGAAUACAAAUGAGCAGUCCAACGCCAACGAGUGGGAUGAGGAUUUUUACAUGCCACUCCACGAUGCCACCAAUGCAGGCAACGUGGAGCUGUCUCUUUGGUUGCUGGCCCAUGGUGCCGAUGCAUGUGCCGGUAACAAGGACGGCGUGAGCCCUUUACACUUCGUGGCCACGCGUGGAAUUGAGGGUGGACUGGAAGCCGAAAGUCAGGUCACUCACCUUGUCCAGUCUCUGCUGAGGCACCGGGCAGGGCUCGACGUGAGAGUUCCUGAAGAGAACCCGAACAAGCAGAUGGCCGGCAAGACGCCAUUGGAGCUGGCAGCCCUGGACGGAAGCCGCUUCCCGAAGCACAUGAUGCACGUCUUGGCCCCCUGCCUGAACAGUCUGUCGGAGCCGACUUUCUUCAGUGACAUCUACUUCUUGGUGGGUCUCAACGAAGACGCUGCCCUGGAAGUGGUGCGGGAGUUGGCUCGACGCUCCAUCCGUCAGCCAGAGCUGCUGCACAAUCUACGCUUUGACUCCCAACUGUCUGGGCGCACGGAUGUGAUGGCGGCAAUCUUCUUUGAGGCGCCCUCCGCAGCAAGCGAAAUGUUGGACUUGCUGAUGGUGGAGCCACACGUGCAGGAUGUCGCGAAGCACAAUGUGCCCAAUAAAACGAGCUUCUGGGGGCUCUUCAGCAACCUGCCUAUGCACUGCACCUAUCGCCCAGAUGUAGUUGUGCAAGAUAGCCUCCUUAUCCCGAGCUGGAAAUUUGACAGCCAGAAAUCAUUUGACCAGCAGCCAAACAUCCAGUGGCACGCGGACUUUAUCCCAGCGGUGCACAAAUCGAGACAGAGCCGGGACCAUGUUAGCUCCGUCUGUGUCAAGGCUCUCUUGAUCCCGAACAUGUUGGACAUGGACAUUGUGAUGGCCAUGUCAAGAGUUGAGAGCCAGGACUUGCCCGUUUUUGGAAAGCUGUCCAUCCAGGGGAUCGUCCAUUGCUUGUGGGAAAAUUUGUUCCAGACUGCAUGGCACUUCAAUCUCUUUUGCAUGGUCGUCGAGCUCGCAUGCUGCGUUCACUGGGGCUUGGCCGGGUUGCACACACUGUCCGUCAACACCAAGGAAGGUACGUGGGCUGCCGUGUCCUGGGUCAUCAUGACCUCCAGCGGCUUUCGGGACAUUUUGCUUCUGAUUGUGCUACUGUUUAACUGGUCGAGCAAGCAACUGGGUCAUCAGAGUCCUUUGAUGCAGAGCAUGUGGAGCUUGCGAUCUUCUACUCUUGCAACCUGGUGCCUUCCGACGCUUUUUCUAUCGUUCAUCCAGCUCGUGUUCUCAUACAGUGCACAAAGUUCAGUGCAAAAGCUGACGUCCUUUCCGGAGGAGGAGCUCCUUUUUCUGUCAACCAACGUCCUAUUCAGAAGUUGGACCAUCAUCUACACCUGCCGUCUCCACGCCUCAGGAUUGCCAAUCCAUGCAAUUUCGAACUCUCUAGUUGGAGGUGCCACACGGCAGAUCAUGGUCAUCACGAUGAUGAUUUUUGCAUCGUUUUGUUUUGCCUUCCUCAUCAUUGACAGCAACAAGAAGAGUAGCUGGGUGCUGAGCUCUGCCUACAGGGGCCUGCUUUUCGGCUCAGGCAUGGGCCUCGACAAUCUCGGACUGGAUGUCGGGCCAGGUUUCGGCGACAAUGACGUACUUAUGACAGAGGUGAGCGUCAUCGGCUCCUCUUUUUUCUGUGUCAUCGUGCUGAACUUGAUCAUUGCUGUUUACAGCAGCGAAUACAACAGAGUACAAGGAGACAUCCCUCACCAUUUCUUGCAUGCGCGCACGAUAUACUGUCUGAUGUAUUUCCUCUCGGGCCACACCCUCCCGUGGAAAGGACACCAUUUCAAUCGUUUGCUCCUAGUCGGGGCUGUUGGCACGUGCGUCCUAUCCAUAGCCGCUCCGAUAUUCCUGUUUGUUGGCGUGUGGAUCCCUUCGGUGGUCCUUGCACUUGCGGAGGUUGCUAUUCUGGCUGCCCUUUUGCAGUGUGAUUGGUUCAGCAUGGAGGGUGUGGCUCAUUCAAAAGAGGAGCACUUUCUGUGGAUAUGCUAUCGGGCUGACGACAGCGCAGGCAAUUUAGAUGACGGCGGUCUAACCGCCGAGAACAACUUCCGGGACAAGCUCGUCGAGGUGCGGACGCACGUGGACACGUGUUGGGCGGGCUUGCGGAGCAAAGCGGCCGGUGUGGACCACAAGCUUGACGAGCUGAUCGAGAUUCUACAGUGA